AUGCUCUCAUCAGGCCUCUCGCUGCCUAACAAAGCGUGCCAUAACUGCCGGAGAAAAAGAUGGAAGUGCGAUCGUUCCCUUCCGACCUGUCAAAAGUGCCUCUCGACGGGCUCCGAGUGCCUCGGAUAUGGGAAGCUCUUCAUCUGGAAUCAGGGUGUGGCUAGCAGGGGAAAAAUGAUGGGCAAGUCAUUUGCGGAUACCGAGCCGUUGGAUGGGACGAGGAAACUGUCAAAAGAGAGGGAAGCAGGAUCCCAUUCAGGAAGCCACCCAACAUCAGAGCCAUCGGUCAUAAACCAGUCCGGAGUCGUCGUCGCCUCUCAAGCAGGUUUGGCAUCGCCAGGAGUUGACCGUUCAAUUGCUCCAGUCGCCAUCUACAAGGAUCCGGCAGCGAGGGAAAUCGCAAGGGCGCUGGCAGAACCACUCACUGCGCACCUUGAUGAACGCUAUCGCGAUUACCUCGUCCACUUUGCAACCAAACUGUGCGCAGACAUGGUGGCUUACGAUGGUCCAGGGAAGAAUCCGAUGCGGGAGUUAGUUCCAGCGACCUCGUCUUUCCCUUUCUUGCUGCAUAUCAUGAUUGCCAAUUCAGCCUUCCAUGUGUUCAAUAUUUCGAAAGGUCCCAUCCAUAUCCAGGAGGAAGAGGGACACAACAACGCAGAACUUAUAUGGCGUAAUGCACCCAACCAGAAGUUCUAUCGCGACGCUCUUGUGGCAAAGCAGAAGGCUCUUGGGUCAUUGGCGCAAUUCCUUGCAACUGUUAGCCCGAUCAACUUUGACCUAGUCCUUGCCGCGAUUCUGCUUUUCGUCAACUACGACCUCAUCGAGUCUGGAAAGGAGCAAUGGAAGCCUCAUCUCGAAGGCGCUCAGAAACUUGUCAGCCUUCUUGGCACCCCACCGUAUAUCCUGCCGGGCAAGUCCAUGAGCCAUCUCCGUAUCUAUCUUCUCUCUGACUACUUAGUCUUCUCCGUACUCGGAUCAACUUUCCGCUUUUCGUCUAGCGCGAAGCUCUUUCCCGAUACCGUAGACAUAGAGCCCAUUCUCCAAUACGCCGAAACCAACAACUAUCUCUCCUGUCCGGCUCCGCUUCUACGUAUCAUGCUCGGCUCCUUCAAUCUCUCCGACUCAAUCGAUAGCGAGGAAUCCCUGACCGUCCAACACGAGCUCAAGCUGAAGGAACUGAUUGAGAUGACCCUGUCUUUCGACCCUGCAGCCUGGCUGCAACAGUUUAAGCCGGCUUCGCCAUUCGAGGAUCUUAGCAAGCGUUUCCAUAUCGUGUCCGCACUUCGUUCUGCCGUGUGCAUCUACCUUGUCAGGUUCAUACCUAUCACGAAUCCACUUCUCGACCCGUCCGGCGGCACUGCCGUCGUGAGUUUGACAGGCCUGGCCAAUGACGUCGUGCAGCAUCUCUCUCAACUCUCGCCCAGCGACACGCUGUACAAAUCCAUCACUUGGCCGCUUUUCCUCGCGGGUGCUGAGUCUGAGGACCCUGACGAGCGCGCCUGGAUCAUGGGAUCGCUGGAUACGUUCUAUGCGCAGAUGCACUGGGGCUAUGUACAUACGGUGAAGCGGGUGCUGGAAGCGGUGUGGAGGUUCAAAGAGGAGGGUGCGCUUUGUUGGGUUACAGAGGUAAAGAAGAUGGGUGGGGAGAUUUUGAUUGCUUGA